GUCUUGAAGGCUGCAAAGCCUUGGUACCUGUCAUCGGAUCUAUGGAGGUAGCUCGUCUAGGGUGCAACCCUUUGGGUGAUGCGGGAGGAGAGCAGCUGGCCAACGGCCUCGGGCGCAGCCUUCGCAUCCUCGACCUUCGGCAAGCAGAGCUGGGAGAGGCGGCGACCCUGGCUCUGGGAAGAAAGCUCCGGGAUGCAGCAACACUGCAGGAGCUCCUAUUGUCCGGAAACAACAUCGGGCCUGCAGGGGCGCAGGCCUUGGCAGAAGGCUGGGCGUGGAUCUCCUCCUUGCGACACGUGGACUUGUCGGGAAAUAUGGCCAUUGGGAAGGAGGGUGUGGAUCUCCUGGUAGACGAGCUACCCUUUUGGCAGCAGGCACCAUUUCGGCUUUCCCUUGCCAGCAUCGGCUGCGAGGACGAAGGAGCAAAGAGAUUGGCCGCUGCACUGAGAAAGAAUCCGCGUAAAGGACGCGGAUGGACGAUUGAUCUUCAGAACAACCCAAUUGGCAGCUGGAUGAAACUGCAGAUCUUGCAGUUGCUGGAGGAGGUGCCGGAUGUCUAUAUACCCUGA